AUGAAUGCUACCAAACGAAAGUUCAACGCCCUCAUCCAGGGUAUGGGUAGAUCAUCCGCUUCUACAAAAUCGAACGACACCACGAGUUUGCCUUCCGAAUCCCCUCGUCCGUCGACGACUUCCCUCCAGCCCUCCAACACGAAUUCUACAAACACGAACACAACGGCCGAUACCUCUGUAAAACCGAGCAUGUCGAUUGAAGAGGAUAUCUUGUUAAAGCGUCGGCGCCUGCAAGCACUGACCGAGAAGAAUGCCGCUACGAUCAACAGCUCUCCUUCAAUUCGUGCUACCGGAGCAGGUGCGACGACAACCUUCUCGAACGUAUCUCUGAAGAAGUGGGUUCCAAGGUCUGCCAACGUGACGGAAAUCAAGCACGCCCCAAAGUUUGCACCCAGCGACCGAAACGAGCUCCUGAAGAGACUGGCAUCGUUCCAGGAGAUUACAGACUGGACACCGAAACCCGAUGCAGUGAAUGAAGUUGAAUGGGCAAAGCGAGGAUGGGUAUGCCAGGGGAAGGACCGUGUGCGGUGUUCGCUCUGCAAUAAGGAGCUCGUUGUGAAGCUCAACAAACGCGAAGUUGAUGGCAAGGAGGUACCUGUCCUUGUGGCAUCGGACGUCGAGGAAGCGUUAAUAGAAAGAUACUCCGAUCUUAUUGUCACGGCACAUCUGGAGGAAUGUUUAUGGAGAAAACAGGGGUGUGAUAAUUCGUUGCUCCGGCUGUCUUUAACCAAUGCCAAAAUAAGUAUGGAGGCUUUGCGGACACGUUACGACGAGCUCUGUGCAAGGAAACCCUUCCUUCCCUAUGAAUUCAAUUUGAGGUUGCCCGAGGGUCUCAACGUCGACAGCGUCCUAGCCCAGCUGCCGGAAGACUUCUUCACAAGCCCACCGCCGACCAAGGACUCUCCGGAUCCAAAGGAGCCAAACAGAGUCGCUUUGGCUUUGGCAAUGAUGGGGUGGCAGGGUCUCACGAAUCCCCGCAUCGGUGCGGUGCCAAAUUCAGCAUCCUGCCACACAUGCUUGCGACGUCUGGGCCUUUGGAUGUUCAAGAGUAAGGAGGUCAGCGCCGACGGCGAGAUUCUCGUUCCCGCGCCAAUGGAUCAUCUUGAUCCAGUCAAGGAGCACCGUUUCUUCUGCCCUUGGAAGAAUCCUGUGGCGCAACGUCUAGGCAGCGCGAAGCCCGGCUCAGACACGACCUUGGCGGCUUGGAAGUUGCUGACGCAGGUACUGAAGAAUGACGCUUACCUUCGCGGAGCGCUCGAGGACCGGCCGAAGAACAGGUCCACGUGGCAUAAUAGAGGUGCCUCGGUGCCUUCAACGCCGGUUCGGAGGGGCGCUGCGGCACCCUCGACACCAGGGGGUUACGACUCACCGAGCGCUGCUACCGAGCCAGCCGGCGAUGAGGACGAACAGUCAAGAGAAGCUAAGGAUAAGGAGCGUUGGGCGCGUCUCAGAAGGGUGAAGAGUCUGUUUGAGUCGAAGAAUGCGAAGAAGAUUCGUCGGCAGCUUAGCAGGCCGGGCACGGCGCGUUCGACCGUCUCAGGGGCGGGGGGAGACAAGGAAAAGGAGAAGGAGAAGGAGUAG